AUGAUCUCUAAAACCGGUCGUUUUUGGUUGUUUCUGGUAUUUAUUAUUCCAUCUGUUCUAUGUGCUUUUUUCGUUCUGUAUCAUCUGCUGUUCAAUCGAACUCUGCGGCAAGGUCUCUAUAAUCAUGUUGUUGUUGUACUUCUUUGUCUCGGUCUAUUUUCGGAACUGACAAAUUAUAUUUGGAUGAUGGUCUAUUACCAACGUGGACCGAUCUGGUACCGCUCGAACGCAUUUUGUGCUGUUUGGGGCUUCAACGAUUGGGCGCUCUAUGUAACCUACACGGUCCUGUUAGCUUGGGCAACAAUUGAAAGGCAUAUUCUUGUUUUUCACGAUCGAUGGGUAUCAACGAAAAGAAAACGGUUUUUUCUUCACUAUUGUCCAAUCAUGUUUCUCCUAUGUUAUUGUUUUGGCUUCUACAUUGUUGUUUAUUUUAUUCCACCUUGCAUGAAUGAGUUUUCCCCAUGGCUGUCAAUUUGCAUAUCAAAAGUGUGUAUAUUUGAUAAUUACGCAUUUUCAAUGUAUGAACUAGUAGUUCAUCAAUUUUUGCCUUUUCCCGUCAUUGUUGUCUUCAAUAUUCUAUUGAUCGUUCGUGUUGUUUGGCAGAAGAAAAGUAUGAAUCAACGUUUUCAAUGGCGAAAAUAUCGGAAAAUGAUCAUUCAAAUGCUAUCGAUUUCAUUUCUUUACAUUAUUCUAUAUUUUCCGUUCUUAGUUGUCAGUAUUUGCAAUCUAUUCAAUGUCACAUCUGACAUUUUCAAUGACGUUCUUAGUUACACGACGUUCAUCACAUAUUUUAUUUUUCCGUUAUUUCCUUUCGUUUGUGCACUAUCAUUAUCCGACUUACGUAGUAAACUACUUCAGAUUUUUCAUCUUCAGCGAAAUGUAAGACGAGUUGGUCCUUUAACAUUAACAGUUCGCGAGAAAUAUCCUACAAUGGUUCACUAA